AGUAAAAUCGACCGUUUUCCAACUCUAGCAUUAAAAUGUUCUGUAUGAAAUACCAACUAGUUAAAUAAAUUCACUCUAAACAUUAAAUGCAGUCGAUGCCGAUUGCUCUAAAAUUAAGCGGCUUAACUUUUGAAAAGAUCAACCGAUGUCUUGUUUAGUUAAAAGUUAAUAGCAGUCGUGAAAGUCAAGCUCAAAUUAUUGUCAUACAGCCAGUAUUUUAUUAUAUGGCAUAGGAAUAUUUUCUAAACAUUCUAUUAUUUGAAUGCCAUGGACAACACAAGUGCCACUGGUCGGCGACGGAACAAUAUAUGUGUUAAUGCCGAGGAUAAUGCGCUCGAUCAAAUUACAAAGGAGGCGGAAGCGCGGUUAGCAGCUCGUCGACAAGCUCGUGCAGAGGCACGUGAAAUACGCAUGCGAGAGCUUGAGCGGCAACAAAAGGAGCAAGAACAAAAUGCUGACCGCGCAUUUGACAUGCAUAACACCAGUGCUGGUGUUAUUAUCGACACUGUCUCAUCACACCCCACACGUAAUACCUACGGCGGUCUAAUAAACUUAACGCGCGCAACAGCUUCGAGACGCAGUAGUGAGGAUUCAUUGGAGGAUGAAGGUCGCAGUUUGCGUGAUAUUAAAUUUGAGCUUAAGGAUGUCGAAGAACGUUUCCGAAAGGCGAUGAUAACGAAUGCCCAGCUUGACAACGACCGCUCAUCUCAAACCUAUGAAGUGAAGUUACUCAAAGAUAAAGGCGAAACAAUGCAAGAGUCGUUUGCACAACUUCAACGUGAGCUUAAAAAUAAAUUACGGGAUUGUAAUGCCCUGAAACGCAACUUGGACCGCACAACACUUGAAUUGAAACUAGUGCAAGGCCAGCUAACCGAGCGUGACGCACUAAUAGCGGAACAUGGACUUGUUAUUGUUGCCAUUGAGAAUACUGAUGGUACUGAUGCCAAGAGGGCUCUACUCAGUGUGGAAAACGCCAAUACCUUGGCGACAGUGCAGGGUUCGCUUGAUAUAAGACUCAAAAAGUUGGCAGAAGAAAAACAACGACUUUUGAGUGAAAUGCAAAAUCUUCGUGAACAAUUGGAUGCGUAUAAGAGUGAUGGUCGGGGUGGACGCGGCAGUUCAUUGAAUGGUCCCGUAGGCUAUGAUGAUGAUUACGAAGUUCAAAGAGAAGCAAAUAAAAUCAUAUCAGAUUAUAAAUACAAGCUACAAAAGGCUGAACAGGAAAUCGCUAGUCUUCAGGCAAGCUUAUCACGCUCGGAGACACAAGUUAUACGAUAUAAAAGCACGGCAGAAGCAGCCGAAAAAGCAGAGGCAGAACUAAAAGUCGAACGACGUAAACUCCAACGUGAACACCGGGAGAUUCUGGAACGUUUGGAAGAAUCUGAAACCGCUAAUAACCAUCUACUAAAACGUCUUGAUAAACUAAAAAAUGCUAAGAGCACGAUUUUAAAGGACUUAUGACCGAAGAUGACAACGAACAUAAAAUCACGAACACAGGCAAUAACAAUGCUUCACAAGCAGUACCCACAUAGCAGGAAAUUAAUCAGUGAAUAUGAUUAAAUAUAUGAUGUAUUUCCAAAAUAGUCAAGCGCAAGAUAAUAGUCAUGAAGAGCAAAAUUAGGCAAAAUACCAUUGUGUAACACCUAACUUAAAUAUAAACUUCAAUUCGUGUAAACCUUAAAUUUGCAUAUGCCUAUGGCUUUAUUCUGUAUUCUCGACAAAAAAUAUUACUUAUGUAUGUUCACAAAAAAAUAUAUGUAAACCUGUCAUUGGUAUCAUUUCUAUAGUCAGCUAUAGAGAGUUACAGAUUUGAAAAAAAAACCUGAGACCUAACGUUUUCAUUUCUUCUAUGGUUAAAUUUUAAAUGUGACUUGUAAAGUCUCACAAUAUCCGUUAAGCCCCAUUUUUUUUUAUUUGCUUUUACAACACGUUCAUAUGUAUAAGUAAGUAACAGUUAUUUAUAUCCCUCAAAAUUUAAGUAUUUCUCUUAACAUCACCUCCAAAGAACACGCCACAUCAGCGAAUUAUGUUUACAUUUUAAAUGACCGCUAUUAAAUUAUGAUGUCAGCUAAUUAACUACUUUCAAGUAGGUUUAUUAUUUGUACGUACACUUACAGUCAUGGUCAAAAUAAUAAGUAAUAAUAAUAAAUAGCCAAACUUGCCUGAA